UGUGCUGCAUGUAACCACCAGCUGCCAUGGCUACCACCACGACCACUAACACGACACCACAUCCUCCCCCGACCACCGCCCACUGGCAGAAGGCGAAGAGGAGUGGCUACGAGUCACCUAGCUGCAGGAUCACUAGGAAGCGAAGUGGCGAUUUGAGGAGCUAUGGCUACGGCAAAGGAUCACCGUUGGGAAGCCGGUGGAGUUGGAACGGAAUAGGAAACGGGAACGGGAACUUGAACAUGAACUGGAAUUGGAAGUGGAGCUGGAAUUGGUGCUGCAGCGGGAGAUGGAAGUGGAAGUGGAGAGGGGAUCAUCCGCCAGACUGGCACGAAGACGAUGAUGCAUUGAUUUUGAUUUGAGCUUAGUUUAGAUAAUUUUUUUACGGCCUUAGCAUCUGGAGGAAGUGCCACACUAUCUCACGGUUGCCACUUGAGAACCUCUUCUCAUUCAACGGAAAAUUGAAAGUUUUCAUAUUCAUCAUACCAAACUUUGCAGUUAUAUAAGUUAAAGAAAUGGAUGUUUUUUUAAUAUUUGUUAAAAUGAAUGUAGUAUUAGACUACACUAUUGGACCUUUUCGGUGGCAACCGUGAGUUGGCGACCCGCAGCAUACCCCACACACACACACACACACACACACACACACUAGAAAAACGAAAAACAACUUAGCUAAAGUCACGAGAAUGCGAAAUGUGAGGGAAAAAAUGAAGCUAAACGAAAAAAGAGAUGAAUGUGAAAGAUUAAGGGAUCGAACAGAGUGUUAGGUGUAUUAGAGUAGAGUAAGCUGAUUUCAACGGAAUUUUUGGUAGACAUAUCAUCCAUGUUUGUUACGCGUUUAGAGGAAAACACUAGGAGCUGCUGAGGGGGGGGGUAUAGUGUUCAUUGUUUCAACGAAUAUAUAAAUGUCAAUUUUUGGCCCAUAAGGCGAGCAAGUAAGUCCUUUGGCCUAGCAUAAAUUAUACAACUAAAUACAAUAUCUAUAUAUACGUACGCAUACACAUAUAGCCUAUACAUAGCAUAUAUAUGUACCAAAAAGUGAAGUGAAACGACAUUUGAGAGCCAGCCCGCCAUUGGUUAUGUAGUGUGUUUGUUAAUCGGCCAAUCAGUGAGUGCAUCAAUCAGAUGAUAAUCAAUCAUAUAGCAUAGCAUAGCAUACAGUGUUAUUCGCCUAGGGGGAAUCAGAAUUUAGAGAAUGUUACCAGCCAAGCAAAAUUGUUAAUCGUGUGUCUCGGUGUGUGUUCAAUCGUUCAAUCGUUCAAAUCGUUGCAUAAAUGUUGCCUAGAAUACAUUACAUUACUUGAAGGAAGGCAGGAAGCCAGCCACAUGGAUCAUAUUGGAGGACAUCUAGAGGGACAUAACUAAUUGCUUAGCCCACAUAGGCGACCCAUCCACCAUCUAUCCGAUCCUUAACCCGAUUCCGAUUCCAAUGCCGACCCAAAUCCACAUUCACAUCCAGAUCCAGAUCCAGUUCCCAGUUCCCAGCUUCCCCAGUCGUUCGCUCCUCGUUUUAAGUCGGUUUUUGUAUAUAUUUCCAGCCAGCAGAAUUCAAAAUGCAGCCAGCAGCGAAUAUAAUUAAAUGUAAUUCUUUUUUUUUCGAUAAUCAUAUCUUAAUGCUUGAUAUACGAGUUGUAUUUAUUAGGCGAAACGUUUGUGUGGUCGGCGAUCGAAGGAGGGUCAGUUAAUUGUUAAAGAAAAAUGCUUAAUUUAUCGUAAUCGAUUACCCUUUUCUUUUAUAUUUAAUACUUGCGUGUACUUCUCUUAAUUACUAUGAUUUUUUUUUUAAUACACCUAAACCACUUAUUUGUGUUUACUGUAUAUGUAAAUUAGUAGUUAAAGGCGAGGGCUUUAUGGCCACCAACAGAUAAUAAAAGCUGCGCCAGAUGGA